CAGUUUACUAUUCUAUUUUCAAUGGUAAACCAAUGAAAUACUUGUUUGACAAGUCUGAUCGCAAGAAAAUUGCACUAUCUCCAUCUCUUGCGAAAAAGUUGCUUGUUAGCCCUUCUGUAUUUCAAUCCAGUGCUUGCAUUGCUGAGAUUAAGAAAGCUCUUGAACUUCUAUCAAUAACCACUGCUGAUCUGAUAUUUUUCCCUGUGAUAGUUCAGUGUCAUUGGGUUCUGAUUUGUGUUAAUCUUCUCUACAAGACAAUCAAUUUCUUUGAUUCUGUGAAAAUCACGUCUGAACAUGAUGUUGUUCGUAUGAUUCAAAACCUUGCCACAAAUUUUACAACUGCAUGCUUCGAGGCAAAUAUUUCUACUCAAGGUUUCAAGCAUUUCAAGCCAUAUUCACCUCCUAGCUAUCCUUGCGAAGCUGUAGUUAAUGAAACUCGUCGAGCUGUAAGUCUUGACUGUGGAUUCUACUGUAUUCUCUACAUGUAUUGUUUUGAUGGUUUAAAUGUCAGAGAAUUUGACCAGCUUGUUGUGGCAGAGUAUCGGAAAAUAGUUGCAUACAAGAUUUUCUACUCUCCACUGAACAUGUAUUCCCGUCUGUUACCAGAGACUGAGUUAGCUGCAUAGUCUUCCUACUAUAUAACUUUAGUGCAACUGGGGUUUUAUCUCUUGUACAUAUUCUUAGUGCUCAUCUUAGCUUUGGUUAUGUAAUGCUACCGAGUAUAGCCUAUCUUUUGCUUCCCCUAGACUUCUCCAUUGAAAGUGAUGUUGGUGAUGUAAUGGCAGACUGCUGUUGUCUGGGAUGUUAUCUCAUGCACGUAUUCUUAGUGCUGUUUUAGGGUUUAGCCAGUGGUGUUGGUUAUGUAAUGCUACAAAACAUGGCUUAUCCAUGCUUCCUUAGAUUUGUCCACU